CUCAAAUUGAAAAUUAGUCACGACAUUGAGAAUGAUCCCUAAACUGGGGGACUGCAAUUACAAUUUACCAUACCCCUGGCUAUUCCUUCAACGGCAGCGUUUCUACUACAAGAAAACGCAAACAGAAAGUAAAAUCAACCUGAAACUAAACCCUCUCUCUCUCUCUCUCUCUCUCUCUCUUUCUCACUUAUUAAGAUCCAAAAAUUUUCCAUCACUUUCCCGAGAAACCAGAAAGAAAAGAGAAAGUCCACAUAUCGCGUCAAAGAAAAUGUCGCAUAGCGACACAAUCCCUCUCCACGCCUCCUCCCAAUCAGACAUAGACGAGAUCGAAAACCUAAUUAACGCCAGCGUCCAAUCGGGCCCAGCAACAGUCCUACCGGCCCGUCCACCAAGCCCGCCGCGAAUUCCGGUCUCAUCGUCACCAUUUAUCCAAUCAAAUCUCCCCCCACCGCGUCCGACAAGCCAAAAGCCACCGUCAGUCCCUGCGGCACCCCCACCACCACCACCAGCUAGUAAUAAUUCUCAUGGAUCGAAUAUUGGUGCGUCCGGAUUCGGAUCGGCCCCCAAUACGUUAACGGAGCCGGUCUGGGACACGGUGAAAAGAGAUCUGUCGAGGAUAGUGAGUAAUUUGAAGUUGGUUGUGUUUCCAAAUCCCUUCAGAGAAGAUCCUGGUAAAGCAUUGAGAGAUUGGGAUCUGUGGGGCCCUUUCUUCUUCAUUGUGUUUUUGGGUCUUACUCUUUCUUGGUCUGCUUCUGUCAAGAAGUCUGAGGUUUUCGCUGUUGCAUUUGCUCUACUUGCAGCCGGUGCUGUAAUCUUGACAUUGAAUGUUCUGCUACUGGGUGGACAUAUAAUUUUCUUCCAAAGUCUUAGCCUUCUGGGUUAUUGUCUCUUCCCUCUGGAUGUUGGAGCACUAAUCUGUAUGUUGAAGGACAAUGUAAUAGUGAAAAUAAUUGUGGUUUGUGUGACAUUGGCAUGGAGCUCGUGGGCUGCCUAUCCAUUCAUGAGCUCAGCUGUCAACCCAAGAAGAAAGGCUCUUGCACUUUACCCUGUUUUCCUUAUGUACGUAUCGGUUGGUUUCCUCAUCAUUGCCAUUGAUUAAUGAAUAGCAAACCCUAGUGUCAAGGUUUUCAUAAGUAAUUGAAACUCACAGGGAGUACAUAGGAAUUUUAUGUGAUGGGUUCUUUUUGCUUCACAUGUAACUGUAUUUUUUGACACUUUUUUCCAACUGAAACAUGUUAUGGAGACUCAAAUCUGCCUAUAUUAUAUUAUAAUACAAUACUAUAAUGUGGUUCUGAA